AUGAAAGACUUUCAAAAUGAAACGAUCACAGCACUUUCCGAGAGGGAAUCACUGCACGUACGUGCCGAGUAUCUGUUUCCGACUUUCUCUGCCGCUCUGCAUCAGCUAACAGAAGAAGCGAAGGUUGUAAAAGCCUUCGUAUUACAAAAACUUUCCUUUUUAGUUCCUCUACAAGAUGCCUCAGGGGAAAAGAGUGAUAAUGGGCAGGCGCAGCGCGACACAAAUCCCGUUAUUCCAUCUGUUUUCUGGAGUCAAUCGCUCGUCCUAUUCACCAAUAUGGCAAAGCAUGAUGCCUGUGUGCAGAGCACCUUCACCUUCCCAUUUCAUGCCAACCGGAUACACAACUUGAUUCCGAUAGAAUGUCCCGACGAUGAAUGGAAGCCUCCUGCGACACACAUGAACGGCAGUUGCGCCGAAGAGCAGAAGGAUGAUGAAGUAAAACUAGAUUUGGAAUACUUUCGUGCACUAGCGGCGGUGAGCCGUCGGGUUGGAGUUAGAGCUUCGCUGAGCGCAAGUGCCCCAGCGGUGGCAACGGGCCCCACGUCAUUGGAACAGUGUAGUGGCCACAUCCCCCUCACCAGCGGUAUCAACGAGAAGCACCGCCUUCGCCCAGAUCGCCCUAUUUCAUCACCAAACACUAAUAAUACUGCUGUUAGAGCUACCCGCCCGCACGCGACGACCCCUUCUAACUUCGGUCAUGACUCUUCGGUCUUGCUGCUAGACUUGAUAUGGGUAGAUGAAAAAUUAGCCUCUUGUGGUGGAGUGGCAACGCUAGCUGAUGGAAAUGCAACAUGCCCUCCUGAAUGCCCUAAAUCGUGGAACACGAUGGUCAAAGGCUGGGAUUCCGUCAAAGGCGGCCACUCAAAAAAAUUAAAUCAUCCUCUGCCCCCAAGCACCGUCCUUGAGCUUAGCCCUUCACUAUUGACUCGAGCACUUCUAAGUAUAAUAUCUCAAGACGAGAUACGCGAUGCGAGCCGUUGCUUCCGAGGCCAUGUUGAAAUAUAUUGUUAUAUUGAAGAUGUUUUUUACAAUAUUCCUGUACGACGUGCACCUUACGUGCGACGCUUCUCACACACACAUAAAUUACCAAAAUAUUCGUCGCGAAGUCGGUCGCCAGGAGCAAAUCCUCCCAGACGUAUUAGUAUGAAUCCAAAGCAGUCUAAUACAACAGAGGAUGCCUUCACGCUGGUACGCCUGCGCGAGGAGCAUAGGGUGUGGGAAGUUGCCUACCGCACAGCUGUAGAAGUACUACUUUCCCCCCUCUGUAAGCAUUACAGUUUGUGUGUGCAGCGGAAUCGAGAAGGGUGCUGUCGCAAGCUGGAGACACGGAUCGGUAAUAAAUCCAACGUACAUGAACUAUGCGGUAAGCCUCAUGGAUCGACAGAGAAGGCGGCGCAAAAGCGCCUGGUUUGGGAUACUACAAAGCUGCAACAGGCGGAACCGGCCCCAAGCGUAGUAUUCUCUUUUUACACAAACUACUGCCCCCCUCCUCCGGCGGCAAUGAAGCAUGGUGAAGGUGGACGAAUGAAGAGAAGGCAAGAUCAACUUGAAGGAUUGGGUGUCGUUCAGAGUGACGAUGUCGACACCCCAGACGUAGCUUAUACAUCAAAACAUGAACUACCACCUUGUGGGGCAGCUUUCAACAUCAAAGGAACUUCACCUGUGAUGGUAAAGAAGGAUAGUGGGGUGAAUUUUCUUGUGGAUAACACAACAAAGAACUAUUCAGGGUUCGGCCACCAUUAUGUCGCAGCGAUACCCAAAAAAAAUGAUUACAUGAAUCCUACUGUAUCAUCCCCACUACUUUCGUCUCCUCAGGUUAUUGUGGUUGUGAACUCGCUCCCUAAUGACUUCAACGACGAGCAAGCUGUCAAAGAAUGCCUUCUGCGACUAGCAGUUCGUAUAUGGCGGACUUUUUAUCCCUCUCUGAGCGUAGCCAUACCCUACAACGAAACAGUUAGCGAAGGAGUGCGUACUGGUCGAGUACAUUGCGAUCUGGAAGGAAAAGGGAAGUUUUGUAUCCAGCACGACAGCUCCUAUCGGGGAAGUGGUCUCGCAGACAUGAAAGAGGUACCAGAGCCAAGGUUGGAAUUUGCCAAAAUAGGUAAGGAAAACGCACCCGCGCGGCGCGUUGGACAUGACCUUAACGAAGCAAUUCUGCGAGUUGCUGCCGUUGAGGAUACCGCGCAGCGUAUUCUGUGUGUUCUCUUCCUCAAUUAUCCAAAGCAAUCUAAACGAAAGAACUGGUUCUCUACUAUUUCGUCGACGUCAAGGAUGGAAGGAUCGAUGCCAAGCCCACUCAUUGUGGCAGCUGCUCCCACGCGUAACCUAAGUCAAAGCACCGUAUUGUCGCUGGAGUCCUCCUCCUCAUUUGAUGGAGCAAAUGAUAUCUUCUACUCGGUAGAUUCGUCGCAUCCGGCCUACAGAGUGCUCCUACAAAGCUGUCAAAAGCCUACAGAUGAGCAGACCCUCCUGCUUCCCCUUGUAGUGCUUGCAAAUGUAGAACUUGUCGAGCGCAGCAUGCACAACGCCUUUACCCAGUGUCUCUCCCAGCACGGACCAGCUUGCUUGACAUCAAACCCCUCUGAGAAAUUAGACGACUUUGCGGUCCUCUACCAUCACGCCGUUGCACGAUGCCUCUCUGGUAAUACUACCAGAAACAGCGAUGUGAAUCAGGUCGGAGGCUGCGUCCUACACACCGGUCGGCGCACGGAACUUCGCAAUCAAGCCAGAAAACACGUGGUCCUCACGCCUGGACGUCAGGGAAGUGAGCCGAAAUCUUCCGAAACCACAGAAACAUCCCAUGCAGGAAUUGGUGCGAGUGUUUCUCACGACCUCUCUUCGGGCGCCGAUUGGGUUGAGUACCUGCUAAUGCAUCAAAACAUGACUGACCCCUCACCUGGCGGUGCCUCCUCGCAUGCGCUGCGCUUUGGCUAUGUGAUGGACCGCAUUUCUGAAUCUGCCGUAGAGUUCGGUACCACUACAGCGAUCCUAGGUAGCAGUCAGUCAAAUGAAACAGAGGCACACGAGGCCUCUCGACUGCCCUCCCGCUGCCCGCUACCGGCCAUUCGGUUAUUACUAACUGCCCCGCGUGGUGGAAGGUACAGGGGGGGCUCUUUCCCGAAGCUGAGCACCAAGAUCUGUAAUAGGAAUCGUGGAGGGAUCACCCUUAAAUCAGUCCCCGCCUCUGCCCCACGACGCACCCCUCUGUUGCGCGUCAAGAGCAUGACUGCGGUGAAACCUCUGGGUGACGUGAAAGAGUACCAACGUGGUUUGCGGCGGGUUCUACGUCAGGUCAGCCUUUCGCCAUCAACAGAUUUGCAAAAUUUUUCGAAUGAGCCUGACUAUUUAAAUUGUAGUACGCAUGAUGUGGACGAGUCCGACCAAAUUUCUAGGAAGAGCCAAGCUAUCAAGAGUGAUAAUGGAAAAGAAUUAUGCGGUAAGGAUGCGAACAAACCCUUUCGCACCGGCAACCCUCUCUGGGCACUUCCAAGGGCUUUUCACCCGAUUCCGCGUGCGUGGAUGCCGGAUACUGUGAAACAAAGACCAACCUCAUGGAUACUUGAAUCGAGGCCAAAUGACUCUCCAGGGGGUGAAAUAUCUCACUUCUUACCACCCCUCACAGACGCAGCCGCUACGCGUGAACGCCAGCAACGACGAUGGUUGAAGGUGGCUGGUAGUGGUGAUAAGUCUCAACACCCGGACUCCAGUGUAGUGGUGCAGCAGUGGGAUCGAAAAUUUAUCCUAAUUAUUCUGAAAGACGGAGAAAUAACUGAAUGCGGAGAAAGGAAUUCUACCUCUGGAUGUGUAGAGCAGUACAGUCAUCCAAUGACAAUGGAAAUGGCUGCCCAGACGGCCACGAUGAAAACAUGCGAUUUGGAAAAGAAACACAAACAGAUACUCCGGGAUCGAUUGGUGCAUACCUACUAUCUUCAGCGAAUACCGCAAGUUGGGCCAAGCGCCGUGGCGGUGAAUGGAAAGCCACACCACGAGCAUGGUGUCCUUGCAGGAAACGAUGCAUCCACCGUGGAAAAAACAGGCAUUCCAGGCCACAAAGGGCAAACAUGGAUGCUUCUUGAUCAGCAUGCCAUUCAUGAACGUAUUCGCCUGGAGUACUUCUGCGCCUUUGCUGAAGCCUUCGUUUGUGAUACGCCCGCAGUAGAGCUAGUCGCAGCCAACAGCAGCAAGAAUCUCCAAGGUAGUAGCCUUCACCUUUCCAGUAUUACACACAAGGAUGUGUAUCGCAUACCCCCUCCUAUCCGCCACUCACAUCGGACGGCUGCAGAACCGUUUCAGCAAGAACGUUUUCGAGAACAACCUCGGGAAAGUAACGAACAGCCGUUGAUGAUGAACAAUAGUAAAACGACAGGGAGUGUUUAUAUUCCCGAGGUGAAAGAAGCGAUGUCAGUGCUAGUGGUUCCUAUUCACGACAGUCUCAUCCCCCUCGUGGCUAUGUGUGAACAUGAGCUCCUGCGCUGGGGAUGGCGUUUUUGGUAUCACACAGAAAGUAAAAUAACAGCACGGAAUGCGAAAUGUCAGCGGCCGCCCCCGACGGCAGUGCGUCAUUGGCCGCACCUCGAACUAGAAGGCUUCACCCUGCGUCUUGACUCAAUUGAAGAAUUGCAGCUUAUGACGGAGGAGCUACUCGCCAUGGGACUAACGACUGUUGACGCACGUCUCGACCUUUCAUCAAGCACACACCAAGAGAGUAAAACGGAGCGGUCGCAUAUCUCAUCACCGCGUCGAAUCAUUCCCUCAUCGAUUUUAAAAUUCUUCAUAUCGCGUUCCUGCCGCGGGGCUAUCAUGUUUGGUGAUCCCCUAUCUCCGAAUGCAGCACAGCAACUAGUACGAGACCUAUCCUGUGUGCGCGAAUACUAUAUUUGUGCGCACGGACGGCCUUCCAUCGUUGAGCUCCUCCCUUCCUAA